AACACAUCAUAUAACUUGACUCACCCAUCAAUCAUCAUCAAUCAAACACCUUCUACCAACUCAACCCACCAGUACACUACGAAAUGCCAGGAAUAACCCAUCUCUCCAAGCCCCUCGCCCAGAGGUAUCCCUGGGCAAAAGCACCCCUGCUCGUCAGCGCCCCAAUGCGCGUCUUCUCAGGCCCCGAACUCGCCGUCUCCGUCUCCCACGCCGGCGGACUGGGCUUCCUAGGCCCGAGAAUAAAAACCCAAGAUACACUGACCGAUCUCGAGAAAUCCACCGAGCUACUCAAAAAGCUGCCCUCCCCACCCCCAACAUCAAAUCAAGCCACCCUCCCCAUCGGCGUCGGCUUCCAACUCUGGAGCGACGACAUCGACAUCGCCGUCGCAGCCGUGGAAAAGCACAAGCCCUGCGCCGCCUGGCUAUACGCCCCUUCCAACGGGCAGGCCGAUCUAAACACCUGGUCGCGCCGCCUCAGGGCCGUAUCCCCGCAUACCCAGAUCUGGGUCCAGAUCGGGACGGUGCGGGAGGCCGAGAGUCUAGUCGCGGCUGGAUCGGAGAGGCCGGAUGUGGUUGUGAUUCAGGGUUCGGAGUCUGGGGGGCAUGGACGCGCGAAGGAUGGAUUGGGCCUGAUGGCGCUGUUUCCUGAGGUGGAGGAUGUUCUUCUUUCUGCUUCUGCUUCGGGUUCUGCUUCAGGGAGGAUUCCGCUCUUUGCGGCUGGGGGGAUUGCGGAUGCUCGUGGUGCUCUUGGGGCUAUUGCGCUGGGUGCUGAUGGGGUUGUUAUGGGGACGCGGUUCCUGGCGAGUACGGAGGCGCGGAUUAGCGAUGGGUAUCGGAGGGAGGUUGUGCGUGCUAGGGACGGGGCGACGAGUACGACGCGGACGCUGCUGUAUAACCAUCUGCGAGGGACAUAUGGGUGGCCCGAGGAGUAUAGUCCGCGGACGAUCAUCAACCGGUCGUUUGUGGAGGAGCAGGAGGGGAAGCCGUUUGAGGAGCUGAAGCGAUUGCAUGAUGAGGCGUUGCAGAAGGGGGAUGACGGGUGGGGGGUUGAGGGGAGGCUUGCUACUUAUGCUGGGGCGGCGGUUGGGUUGAUUCAUGGGGUUAAGGAUGCUGGGGAGAUUGUGAGGGAGUGUCGAGAGGGUGUUGCACGGAGGUUUGCUGGUUUAGAUGCUUGAAUAUGGUGCAUUUCAUAUUUGUGCUGUUAACCAGAGAUAUCAACUGCGAGCUCCGUUUGCAUGAGUUUACUUUCUUUCAUCAACGUAGGACAAACCAUCUCGCUUAUCCUUAGUUACUUUCUGAGCCAUAAUAAGGUCUUCUAGAAUAUGUAAAGAAGC